GAACCUAAUGAACCUUAUGAUACUUCGACGAUCAUCUCUUUUGCGUCAGCUGUGCGGAAUCAGUUAAGAUUGCACAUGGGUUAUUAAUGAAUAUUCUUAAGUCUGUACGCUAUUAAAUAUAUUUAAAUAAGUGCGAGUGUGCUCUGAAUUGAGUUUUAUUAGACGAAAAUGGUGUUAUCUUGUCGAUUUUAUAAAGAAAAGUAUCCAGAGGUUGAAGAUGUUGUUAUGGUCAAUGUUCGUAGUAUAGCAGAAAUGGGUGCCUACGUGCACCUACUUGAAUAUAAUAACAUAGAGGGUAUGAUUUUACUCUCUGAAUUAUCAAGAAGGCGUAUUCGUUCUAUUAAUAAAUUAAUUAGGGUAGGAAAAACAGAGCCAGUUGUUGUUAUUCGAGUCGACAAAGAAAAAGGUUAUAUUGAUUUAAGUAAACGGAGAGUGUCCGCUGAAGACGUUGAAAAAUGUACAGAGCGUUAUGCGAAAGCCAAAGCUGUGAAUUCUAUUUUGAGACACGUGGCAGAAUUAUUACAUUAUGAAAACGAUGAUCAAUUGGAAGAACUUUAUCAGAAAACUGCAUGGUAUUUUGAAGAGAAAUAUAAAAAACAGAAAGCAUCGGCAUAUGAUUUCUUUAAACAAUCAGUAUUGGAUCCGUCAAUUUUAUCCGAAUGCGGUCUUGAUGAACGCACGAAAGAGGUUUUAUUAAAUAAUAUACAACGGAAGUUGACCUCCCAUGCUGUUAAAAUAAGAGCAGAUGUCGAAGUUGCCUGUUACGGUUAUGAAGGCAUCGAUGCUGUAAAAGAUGCAUUGAAAGCCGGCUUAGCUUUAUCUACGGAAGAACUUAUUAUUAAGAUCAAUUUAAUAGCACCUCCGCUUUAUGUUAUUACAACAUCAUCGCCAGAAAAAGCUGAUGGCUUAAAGGCGCUGAAUGACGCUAUUGAAGUGAUUAGGAAAAAAAUCGUAUCAAUGGGUGGUGUAUUCAAUAUACAAAUGGCUCCAAAAGUGGUAACUGCAACGGAUGAUGCCGAAUUAGCUAAGCAAAUGGAAAGAGCUGAACUCGAAAAUGCAGAAGUUGCCGGUGAUGAUGAUGAGGAAGAGAAUGAAGGUAUGGGUAACUUCAGUAGUGGAGAAGAAAAUGAUGAUGAAAAAGGAAAUGAUUCUACAAAGCAAGAAUGAAAUGUGUUAAUAUAUAUUCAGUUACAUUUUUAAACAACGGUCAUAAUAUCAGACUACUAAUUUCAAACAUUACAUUUUACAAUGUAUUACAUUUUACAAAUAAAUAAAAAUGAAAAAAACAAUA